GUCAAAUGGCAGAAAGGAUCGGACUGUGCCACUUGGCGCCAGGCUGCCAUAUGGCACAUACACCCUGUUGGGGGCCGCCUGCGAAAUUGAGCUGCCAUCCAGAAGACUACAGCGCUUGAGUUGCAAGAGAUGAAGGAAAAUCUUAGCGUGGCAAUGGCGCCAAUGAAGGUGACUCGCCUGGAUGCCCUGCCCGCGGAGAUCCUGGCUCAGAUCGUUUCUCUAGUACCCUCUCAGCAUGACCGCAAUGCGUGCUCGCUCGCCUCCCGCUCUCUGAAAGCGGCGGAGCGCGCAACUAGAACAGAGCUAAAACUCCGGUGCUCGUGGGAGGAGCUCGAAUCCAUUCCGUGCUGCUUCCGGGCUGUCAAGACGCUGGGGCUUGAGGUCCCAUUGCGCAGCAUCAACGAAAGUGACGAAGAAGUGAAAGAACUGAGACUGGGUGGGGAGACUGCGAGGCGGCUAGCGGCCGGUUUUCCAAAUGUGGCGGUUCUGAGCCUUCCUGGGGAUGUGAAGCUUCCCGAGACGUUGGUUCUGGACUUUGGUAAAGUAUGGCCGCACGUGCGGUGGGUGACAGGGUUGCAACUAGGGGAGGGGGCCGGGUGCGCUGCGGUAUUGAGAGCGUUUCCCGAGUUGAAGGAGGUGCACUUCCACCGAGUGCAGCCGUCGGACUUGCUACCGGCUUGCCGCGAAGUUGGUUUCUACAAUUGGCAGAGUCUCGAGAAGCUCUCAUGCGUGGUCGAUGCAAGCACGUUUCUGGAAGUUGUGCCAAAGUGCAGCGAACUGCGGCGGAUUGAUCUGCAUUCAACCAAGGACUUCCGCAUUGAUGUGGACAAACUCUCGGCAGUCUUCCACAAUUGUACAAAGCUUGAAAGACUGGGCCUUGAUGCGGGCGGAGAUGAUAGAUACAAACCUCUCCUCACGUCUGGAGCCUUUGAUGUUCUUUCAAGCUGUCCCAACAUGACUUCCCUAAAGGUUACUGAGCAAGUCUCCUGUGGGAAACCGCUGAACAAGAGUUUGGUGGAGGUUUUGGCAAACACCGAGCGCGUGAUUCCGCUAGUAAGGACGCUGUGCUUGGACUGCGGGUCGACGAAGCGGUGCCAAGGGGAGGGGAAUAUGCUCGGACCGCGCGUAAUGAAGUUUACGAGCCUGACGGAGCUGACUCUGACCUUGUGCCGGACGGACCAGACGAUGUUGCAAGUCGUUGAAGGCUGCCCGGUGCUCCAGAAGCUGUCGCUGAUCCACAGCAUGAGCCGCGACGACUUCGAGUCGCUCGUCACGUCUCUCGGGCAAGCGCCGAAGCUGACCGACCUCAGUUUGGAGCACUAUUACGACAAGUUGACGCUCAAGGAGAUCUUGGAGUGCAUCGACUGUCUCAAGCCGAAGCUGGAGAACCUCCGCUUGCACUGCGCGCAGUCGAACCGAGGCAAGGGCCCGCUCGCGCCGCCGAUGCAGGGCUGGCCCGUGCUGCGCAAAAUGAGCAUCACGUGUUUCAUCGGGACUGGCGAUGCAGCCUUCAACGAGGACUGGUUCACCGACUGCCCGAACCUUGUGGAAGUGUCACUCGGCUUCCAGGCGUGCGACGAGAUCGACAUUGACACCGACACGCGGGAGUCGAUUGUGGGCGACACGAGCCAGGGCCAGAAGGAGCACCCCAUUCCGCCGGACAAGAUGGGCAGCGGAUUCGUGAAGAACAUCCUGUCCACCGUCGAAUGUUUCGAGCUGCAGGGCCACACUGGCUGGCCCGACGCCGAAAUCUCGCAGGUGCUCCAGGAGCUGCAGACCGCGCCGCGGCUGCGCGAGCUCGACAUCGACGACUUUUGCCCGUGCUACUUACAGCACGACACGUGGCUGACGACGUCAGCAGCGGAGACUGUCGCGUCGUUCCCGGUGCUCGAGAAGGUGUGGGUCGGGAGCGGGGACUUGGAGGACGUCCACGUGGACCCGUCGCGGCAGGAGGCGUUUCAGAUUUUGAACAAGAGCCGGAGUUUGCACGAGAUAGGGAUCGUGAUGUCCGGGAGGGAGUACCACCGACACCUCCUGGCGGAGUUUAACCGGUCGCGCAUGAAGGUGAUGGAGGGGCAUAUGUAGGGGGUACACCGAAACAGUGAGGUUUGGAGGCGCUUUAAGGAGCUCGUCUGGCCCAAAGCUUGAUGACCUCCGUAAACCCGGCGAAGCUGAGUCUUUGACAUUGUGGUGUGUCGUUAUGUAAGCUCUUAAUUCGACAUUGUGAUGUGUGGUUUAUGUGCUGUAGUCGGAUCAUAGGGGCAUUCAGCCCGUCAAGAUCUGCAUGCGGAACUGAUUCGACAUUUGUCGAUCUGAUGGACAGC